GUUUGCAAUGAGCAGUCCACAUGAUGAAGUCUCGCCCCAAGUCACCCCCUCUGCCUGCCCCAUGUUCCAAGUGCUUGCUUUCAAACUGCAUCAGCUGGAGCAGUUACUCUCUCACUCACUCUUCACUGCAGCCUGGAAGAAGAUCGCUACCCAACUGAAUACUUUUAUUUUGGAAGAACUGAUUCUGGAGAACACAUUCAACGAGGGUGGGGCGGCUCAAUUGCAGUUGGAUAUGACGCGUAAUCUAUUUCCGCUCUUCCGGCAGUACACACAAAAUCCUGAUGUUUACUUCAGUCAAGUAAACGAAGCGUGUACGUUGUUGACAAUGAAGCCAUUGCCGUCUGAAUUUCUGCGCAACAUUAAACCGUCCAAGGUGGAUCUUUUGAAAAUCCAUUUGAAAGCUCUUACCGACCACCAGGCAUGUGAUGUUCUUAGGAGGCGUGUCGAGCUCGCUCUUGACGUCAUUUGAAAUUCACAAUCUCUUGUAUAUUUUUUAGAAAUUAAUCAAAUUUUAUAUUUUAAAUUGGUU